AUGGGUCUAAAAAAUGACACGGUGAGUGAGAAGAAGAUGAAGAGAAAUAAGAAAAAGGAUGACGAUGAAGAUGAAAAUAAAGACGGAGAGAUGAAAACGAAAGAGGAAAAGGAACAAAACAACCGGGGCGGUGUGUAUCUUGGUUUGUGGAGGCAAAAAAGAGCCCAUCUGAUGAAGGGAGGGAGGCGGUUGACGAGAAACUGUGUUGGAUGUGGAGGCUCACGGGCACCAGAGACGACGAUAGACGACGUGGGCACGAGCCGUUUGACACUGAGAGCCAUGCUCUCAAUUUCUUGCUUUUUUAGGCAAGAACAGAGAACGCCACGAGAGAUGUCACUUCAGAUGUUCUUCAGUUUGGGUGCAGCCUUCUGA